GUGAAAAUGCGGUUUAAUAUGUCUUCAUGUUUUCAUCAGUAGAUAAACGAUAAACACCAACAACGUCAAAAUGCCCCCAGCAAAGGAAAGGACACGCGGACAUAGGAGUCAAAGAUCAUAUUCAAGGAGCAGAUCAAGAUCCAGGUCACCAUAUCAGAAAAAAAGUAAAUAUGUACAAUCAAGGUCAAGGUCACCCCGACCAUCAAGAAGGAAAUCACCACCCUCAAAAAUUCAUCAGAGUCAACAUAGGAGUUACCCUUCUUCCAUGAGGAAGCAAGUACCCUCUGGCAAACCGUACAAUUUGAAGAGAAGAAGCAGAACCCCAUCUCCAUAUGGACAAGGGUCACCUCAAAGACAGAAGUUACCAACACGACCUAAGACAGCACACCCAUCUUCACAAGGGAGAGACAAGAUGGAAGAAACAAGGCGAUUAGAUACUAGUGGUCAUCGAGGCAGAUCACGGUCACCAAUUUAUUCAGCAUCAAAACAACACCGGCCAUCAACAACUAGUAGAAACCAAGACAGAUCUCCAAUUUACACAGGGUCAAAUGUCGACAGGUUUGAUCCAAAAUCUCGAAGGUCAUGGUCUCCGGAGCAGUCCUUUCAAUACAGUGAUGUGAAGGGUUCAUCGAGGGUAUCAAGGGGAAGACGAAGUCCUUCUCCGGGAUACAGUCAUGAGCCAGGCCCUUCUACUAUGCUGUUUCCAUCAGCAAACUUCAAUUCCAUUAAUGGGCCUCUGACCAUUCCGCCAAGUCACUCAAAUGGAAUUAAAAUGUCUCUGAACAACCGUUUUGGUUUUUUUGAGGAGAACUUAGAACUGCCUCUUAUCAUUGAGGAUAAUAUUACAAUAGGUAUACAUCGUCGGGGCCCUAAUAUGAUCUCUGAUCCUCGUCGACAAAUCAUACGUAAUUUCCGGCCCGGGGAUUCCUUAGAUAUUCAUAGGAAAGAUGAGGGAAGACUUCCUAUUUUUGACAGAGAGGAGAUAAAAGUCUUUCGGCAUGACGACAUCUUGGAUGAUGAGGUUUAUGAGGAAAAAAGGACCAUAAGUGUAGCUCAUUCUAAACCAAAGAAUCGUCGGGAUUCCUAUGAAUCAGAUAGACGAAUCAUACAAGGGAAAAGUUCCCAUUAUGCUGAACCACAGAUCAAGUUUGACCCUCGACCUGACCCAAGGUAUGAAAGUUUGCUGACUAACACCAGAUUUCGAGAUGCUGCCAAAAUGACACGCGUUCAGCGUAACCCAAAUGAUCUCCGACACAGCCUGCAAAAGAGACGUCAUGAUGAUGACGACGACGAAGAUGACCAGCAAUUUGAUGCAAGGAAGAAGAUUGAGGCCAAGAGGAAACACAGUCACCGGGAUGACCGUGUCCAUAGUAGAGAAAGAUACCAUGACAAAUCUGGCGACAGACAACAGGAUCGUAGUAGAUCCACAGACAGAAGAAAUAAAAUGGUGACAGAAACAGAAGUUUUGCCUGAUUUCUCUAAUCGUCCUGGAAGGCUAGAUGCAGAUCGGUACAAGUCAGAAGAAUGGAAGGACAAGCCGGAGAUGAUACCUAAGAAUCCAAUGUACUAUGAGCAUGAUAAUCGUGAGGAUGAGGAUAAAGGAUAUGUUGGACGUGGACGGUAUACCAGACGACCUUACAGACAGGGGUUCCGUACCAGAGGCUCAUAUAAUGACAGAGGCAGCAGCAGUGCCACCUACAGAAAUAGCAGCAGCACCAACUAUAGAAAUAACAACAGAGGUAGCAAUUAUAAAGGAACGAACUUCAUCCCCAAUUUCCGUCCUCGUGGAUUUAGACGCCCCUUCAACAGCAACUAUAGAGGGCGAGGUUAUCACACUUCAUCAGACUAUUACUCAAAGACAUCAUCCUUCAAGGAACGGACAGGUUGGAACUCCAACUGGAAGCCAGCUUCCUCCACCAGUGGGGAAAGUGUGUGGAAACAUGACCUAUAUGAUGACAAGGAAAAGGGUGAAGGGGACACUGGAGAUAAAAAGGACGAUAAAAAGACUUCUCACGAAGAUAGCAGGGAAGACAACAAGCCAACCAGUACAACCUGAGGAAGGGGGAUUACUCUUUAAUUACAAUCUUUGUCCUGGUGUUGGAAAAGCUAUUAUAAGGAGUCAGUGGAUUCAACAGCAAUGUUAAAAUGAUUUGCAAUGGUCUUCUCAAAAAUUAUUUGGUUUGAUAAAUAUUGUUGGUACAGGGAAUCUUUUGACUCAAAUUUGCUUCUUACUUGAAAAUAUGGGCAUUCAUUUUUUAAUCUCUAUAUAUACAUAUUAUAGAGGGAUAUGAUUUCAAUUGAAAAUAAGUUUACUUCUAAAUUUUCAUCUAUGUUUAAAAUUGCAGUCAAAACCUGAACAUAUUAACUUGCUUCACUGACUUCAUAAAUUCUUGAAUUAUAUCUUCACAAUUCAUACACAAAGGAUUUUCAUAGGUCAUCAUACAAACUCAUUCAGCCUGGUACAUGCUUUCAUACCUUAGCAUUUUGAUACCAUGCAUGCAUUAAAUGAGUCUCUAUUUAAUGAAACUGGUCAUAUGCUUUUGAUAUAUUAUCACCUUAAAUUAAAAAAAAAUUUAAUGUACUUUUAAUCACGUAACUCAGAAAAGUCACAUUUUGACAGGUUUUAAUGUGAAAAUGUGGAUGGUUAAAUAAAACCGAGGCAGCUAUUGUGUUGUAUUAUGUACAUAUUAAUACGUCACAAACAUAAAGUAGGACAACAGAUGGAAAAUUACACGAGGGACAAAUACACAAACAACAGACAGAUUAUAUGAUAAAAGCUGGUAAGUCCUCGUUAUAAACAUACCCUCAUUAUUCUUACUUGAACUCAUUUGCCUGAAGACAUGUCCAUAGACAUACUUUAUGAAUCAUGUAUAUGGUUUACACUGUGAUGAAACUUACUUCACCCUUUAAAUCCUGACAUUCCUCCAUAACUGUAAUUUCGUAACAUCAUACAUUAUCAAAAACCCUCUAGUUCAACCAUUAAAGCUGUCACAACCAUAGAUUAAUGACACGAUACAUACUUAUAUAGAAGUUGUCCUAAUAGGUGCUUUUCCAUCAUUAUCACCCACCCAGAUAUGCCUCCUUGCUCCAAAGCCUACUAGCAAUAUGUGUUAUCAAAGGCUGCAAUGGAAUAUUAAUAGACUCAAAGAUUUUGGUUUAUUUACAAUAUUAUAUUACAAUAUUUUACAGUUUUUAUCACCAUUCAAUAUCAUCUCAAGUUGAACUGUUGUGAUGAUUUGCAAGAGACUGUUUCUACUUCAACAAAAAAAAAGUUAUACAUUAACAAAAUUGGUGAAAUUUUGAGGUGACUUUUUACGGUCUUCUAGCUUUAUUUUAAAAAGAGAUUUCUCUGUAACCCAUUUGUAAUUGUACCAUUCAUAAUACUAAAAACAGAUGAGUUGACCAGUUCAAGAGAUUUACUUACCAGAUACAAAAGGUAGAUUAUAAAUUUACAAUUUUUUGAAGAUUAUGUUUCAUAUGAGAACUUUACACUGAUAUAUUGUGUGUAAAUAUCUUUAGCAUUAGGAAUGAUUCAAGUACUUUGAAUUGAUGAUAUCCUUAUAAAGGAAAUUUUAAUGAUGUAUUUGUGUUGAAACUAUUUUACUGUGAAAAAUUGUACCUAAUUUUAUUGUUUCUACAAAUUUUAUGGAGCUGUAAAUACAAGA